AUGUCGGCCCGUCUCUUGCAUCCCGACGAGUAUGAGCUGGGCUCGCGUUCAUCACUGGACUCCGAAGGCACAUUCAACCUCGAUGAGGCUGAUUUCGAGACCCAAGAAAACAUAACCGCUAGGUGGAAUGCGCAGCCAAUAUCAUGGCUACCACGCAUGUUCUCGAGUAUGCCUGGAUACCGACGGCUGAAGACCAAUACGCGACCGAACCGUGUGAAAUACACGCGCCCGACAUGUAUCCCGCGCCCGACAUGUAUCCCGCGCCCUCUCUUUCGCCGACGCUGCUGGUACUUUCAUUUCAUUGUGACAGUCACCUUCGCGUUGAUCCUCUUCACUUCGAUCUUGACUCCAUCCUACACCCAGCCGCCGGCCCAUUACUCGACGCUACGGAAAUCCGCAUUGGAAAAGAGCUAUCCAGGAAGAGGUAAUCCACGAAAUGAGAAAGUCUUCAUCGCAGCCAGCUUGUAUGAUCGGGGUGGAAAUCUCGCACGAGGCCAAUGGGGUAUGCAACUCCUCCGUCUGGUUGACUUCCUCGGCGAUCACAAUGUGUUUGUCAGCAUCUACGAGAACGACAGUGGUGCGGAGGGACAGGCGGCUCUGCAGGAACUCGAGCAGCAGAUAUCCAGCCCAAAAAAGAUUGUAUUUGAGGAACAUAUUGAUCUUGACACUAUCCCGUCGGUCACCAUUCCAGGAGGCGAGAGGCGGAUCAAACGCAUCGAGUACUUGGCCGAACUUCGCAACCGAGCGUUACAGCCCUUGAAAGAUCACCCUGAAAUCCGUUACGACAAGAUCCUUUAUCUCAAUGAUAUUCUUUUCGAUCCUCUCGAUGCCCUCCAUCUGCUCUUCUCGACGAAUGCAAACGAGGACGGAGUGGCGCAGUACCGAGCCGCGUGCGCAGUUGACUUUGACAAUCCUUUCAAAUUCUACGACACGUAUGCCACCCGGGACCUCCAGGGGUUCUCGAUGGGACUCCCAUUCUUCCCUUGGUUUACCACCGCGGGCCAGGGCGAUAGUCGAAAAGAUGUCCUGCAGGGCAAGGAUGCCGUUCGAGUGCGAAGUUGCUGGGGCGGCAUGGUGGCCUUCGAUGCCCAAUACUUCCAAGAUCCCCUACCUGCCAGCAACGGCCCAGCACGCUUCCGCUCCGGGGCCGAUCUCUUUUGGGAGGCCUCUGAGUGCUGUCUCAUUCAUGCCGACAUUCAGGAUCCCCAGACAAAUGUUGAUGGUUGGAUCGCCGAUACCGGAAUCUACAUGAAUCCCUUUGUGCGCGUGGCGUAUGAUCGUCGCACGCUCUCAUGGCUCGGGGUCACCCGUCGAUGGGAGAAAUUGUAUACACUCAUUCACAAUUUCGGUAACCACUUGGUGGGCCUACCAUGGGAGAAUCCUCGUCGUACGGAGAGCCCGGGCCAAAGUGUGCAAGAGACGGUGUGGGUAUCUGAUGGAAACCAAGACGGCGGAGGCUCCUUUCAGGUACUCGACCGGAUUGCAGGGAACGAUGGUUACUGUGGCCGUCGGGGUUUGCAAGUAAUUGUACCUAGCCGUAAUCCGGGCCAGAAAGGCUACGAGAGCAUCCCGGUGCCAUCAAUGUAG